AUGACCCUGGCAUACAAUCCGCUGGUUCCGGCAUUUAUGCCUAGUGAGAUGGCGUACGCGUCAAUCCACGAGCCUUAUGUGCAAGCGCUACAGAGGCACCCUAGUUUGGCCACGAGGUCGUCGCCCUUCCCUAGUAGCUCCACUAGAUUGAGACGGUCAAAUGGAUCAUCAAGCGACGAGGAACCAGUUCCCGGUCCGGAUGGCUUCAUCGAAGAAGACCUCAGAGCAGGGGGGCCUCACCUCUGCGAGUCCCCCUGUGACACCCUCAACACCAUACCCCGAAGUCACCGCCACUACGCAUCAGUCACGGGAGACCGCGGCAACAAACUCGUCGAGGAGCUCGACGACAUUUGCCAGAACGCUGGCGUCACGCUCUUGGAAACUCGUUUCUGUGGUCGUCGGUGCGCCUUUGACACCAACACACAACCCGCUCUGACCUUCCUUGUACUGGACAAACGACAGGGUGUGUUGGACAGAGCGUGGAUGCCACUUGCGAAAAGCCUGCACAGGUACCUCCAAAGAAAGGGGCUCGGCGACAUCAAUGUCGAGAUAACGGACCCUCGCUUCGGCCGGCGACCAAGCGUCUUCCCGUGUACGCCAAAUGAUGGCAUCUUCCACGUUUGGGGGGUUGUUGCCGAAGACAUCAUGAGUUCUAUCGACCUAACGGGAAUUUUCACAAUCGGCUGCUUCCGAGUCGGUGAGGGCGUCCAUCCCGAGGGGUGCCCGCCCACCGUGCUAUUUGGAGUUGACCGUAGAGCCCCACGGGAUUGGAAGGUGGUUCGAGAGGCGACCAUAGAAGUACUAGAGCAAUGGGGAUUGACUGCCGUGGCCGUCCUCAUCCGCAAGGACACCAGUACUGACAUCGCUGAUUAUCAACAAAGCCUCACGACAAAUCCUACCAAGCUUUGUACGAAGCAUGCCAACCCAGGGUUCAGUCUUAGCCCCCACGACAACAAAGACGCUCUCGGCACACUUGGCGGAUGGGUUGAACUAAAAAGCCCUCAGACCGGGAACUGGGUGCCGUUCGCCAUAACCUGUUUCCGUUGUGUACUUCCAAGCAUGACCGGUUUCUCUGAGUCUGACCUUCGAGCUGUCGAAGGCUGGAAAUACACCGGCGUCCCUGCGAAAGACGAAACGGCCGAGCGGCUCCUAAAAAUUGACUCCCCGAGCCGGCGCGAUCUGGGUGAUGUGACCAAAGAGCUCGCCAUAUCUAUCAACGAAUUCAAGAACGACCCCACCUACAAGAAGGUCGAGAAUGCCCUGGCCUGCGAUGAUUUUGUGACGCCGUAUGAAAAGGCCGACUGGAAACGGACGGCCGACAACAUCGCAGAUCAUAGUGAGAAACUGCGCGUCAUCUCUGAGUUCAUCCGUGGCAACCACUACAUCCUUGGUUCUGUGUUCGCUUCGUCUGGACUUCAGGAGGUACCAUCCAAGAGAAACCCCAGCGAACUUUCGAUCCGCGACUGGGCCUUGGUAAACGUUGGAGAAGGUCGUCGCCCGGGGGCGAACACCGUCAACAUCGAGCUGCCGAAGAUUUCUCAGCUCAGAGACUUCGUGAUUGACACCCCACCCCUCUAUUCAGCCCUAUACAAAAUCGGCCGGGCCACUGGAUUUACAAAGGCCAAAUACGGAGGUCUGGAAGUGGCCCACAUCGCGGAGAGGGUCGUUGACGGCGAGCUCACUACCGUGAAAACGUGGGAGCAUACCUUCGUCGCGGAGUCUCAGAUCAACCCUGUGGUGAUGAAAGGCGACCCUGGGUCCCUUGUUUUCAACCGAUCUGGUCGCGUGGUUGGGUUGCUGUUUGGGGGUUCCUUCUCUGGAGAUGUUGGGUAUUUCACCCACAUCUUGGACGUCGUCGAGCACAUCAAGUCGUUGACUAAGGCUGUUGAUUUUCGUAUCCGUGGACAGGCGUUUUAG